AAAAGUUCUAAAGACAUUUUCACAAUAUUCGCAAUCUUUCAAUAAUUAUUUACCAUCUCCGUACCAUUAUCUUAUUUAACGCGAUGAAUUCCAGCAACAUGCCUUGCGAAGAAUCCGUCAACGCAAAAUCUUUGAAGAAAAAUAUGGCCAAGUAUUGUAUGAACACGAUGAGAAAGCGCACGAUCGACGAGCAGCUCGGUGAUUUUUCGAUGAUCAUGGGAUGUCCGUUGGACCUAAGAAUCGUGUACAGCAGGACCGGAUUAGACGUCAGUUACCACGUUGGCUCACUGAGCGCUUCGGUCACCGGUUUAGACGAAUCGAUGUGCGUUCGCCAGUGCAAACGUGACGUUUUGCACAAGAUGAAAGUUUUUUGCGACUACAUCAAUGAUGGUACACGGACAUCGUCGUCGGACUGGCAGGCCAGGAGCAACAAGAGUCCAUCCGAAUCCAGUAGUAAAAUGCAAGACGUUUACUCUGAGAUCGAAUUGUCCAAGGAACGACUGACUGGGAAAGAGGCUAGGAAAGCUUUCAACGAGAACAUCGUACUGGCCGACCCAGAAAUGGACGUUUCAAGGGAACUGUGCGAGUUUGUGGACAGCAAUAAGUCGCCGUUGGUGCUCACAGUCAGUUAUUUGCCAACGGAAUGGAAAAUGACCUGGGAUUGCGGACCGUACAGCGCUUCGAUGGACGGUCCCGUAAAAUCGAUGUGCAUGCAAGAGUGCAAAAUAUUACUGUUGCACGAAUUAAGCGUGUUCGUCACUGACGAAAACCUAGUCGACGAAGAAGCCGUGAACUCGGACAACCCUACCCGAACCGUAAUCGCCAAUAGGAACGACGACUCCCAAGAAGAUAAUCUGCAGAAGCUGAUCGAUUACGAAAAACCACACGGAAACGUGUUCAACAAGUCGGUGUCAACAAUCGAACCUCAGGAAGUUUCAGAUCACUCGAUAGUUUCUACAGUGGAAUCGGAUCACUUAACUUCCAACACGAACGAUGAUACAUGGAAUCAUAUGAUCGACGCUCAAUGUGUGAUUGGUUCGGUCUGCAAUGUAUGUAUUUUCCAUACGUGAAAAUGUUAAAAAAAAAUGUUAAACUGUAUUCUUAAAAUAUAACCGUUCUGUAAUAACGAAUAAAAUAGGGAAGAAUGAAAUUACUCAAAAAAAGUCUGCACAACUUCCAAUACGAGUGAUAAGUUAUGGAAUCAUAUGACUGAGGUUCAAGAUUUGUUUGGUUUGGUCUGUAAUGUAUGUUUUUUCAACACGUGAAAAUGUUAAAUAAAAAAAUUUUUAUACAGUAUUCCUAAAAUAUUACCAUUCUUAAUAACAAUUAAUAACAAAUAAAAUAGCGAAAGAAUGAAAUUGCUCAAAAAGAGUCGAUUAGUAGUGAAAUUAAACAAUGUGAUCCACCGAGUCGAAAUAGGAUAAACGAACCGACCGUAGAACCGGUCGCUCGAUCUCGGGAAACCACGAGUCGCAUACCAAAGUUCACGGAGUUAUCCGUGACCAGGUCCAACUUGAAAUUUUUACAUUGGAUGCGAU